AUGGCCUCGAUCCUCGCGGCGGGCGCAAUCGGCGUCACCCUGCCGCUGCUCGCUAAAACGACCAAAACGUCCUUGGAACCUACCGCGUCGCCACAUGCCGGCGGCGGCGGUUGGUUGCUGAUGGUGGUGAAGGCGUUCGCCGGCGGGGUAAUUCUCGCGACGGGGUUGGUCCACAUCUUGCCGGAUGCGUUCGAUCAGCUGGGGUCGGAUUGUCUGAGCGAAGCUCCGUGGGGGAAGUUCCCAUUCGCCGGAUUUGUGGCCAUGAUGUUCGCUUUAGCGACGCUUUCGAUGGAAUCGUUAGCAAUGGGGUUUUACCAGAGGCUGCACUGCCAUCAGAAGACACAUAAUAAUGGUGGUGGUGGUGGUGGAUAUGAUGAUGAUGAAGCGGCUCGUGGUAGUCACACCGUCGCUAAUGGUGACGCGGAGAAUGAAUUGAUCAGACGGCGAAUUGUUUCACAGAUAUUGGAGACGGGAGUUGUGGUGCAUUCAACAAUUAUCGGAAUAUCAAUGGGGACUAGUAAUAGUGUAAAAACAAUAAAGCCACUGAUCGUAGCUUUGUCUUUCCAUCAAUUCUUUGAAGGUGUUGGCCUCGGUGGAUCUAUCUUACAAGCAGAGAUCAAGUUGAGAUCAAGGGUAGUUAUGGCGUUAUUCUUCUCGAUUACAGCACCAUUAGGGAUCGGGAUUGGGAUGGCGAUUUCAAGCAAUUACAAGGAAGGAAACCCUAAUUCCCUCAUCGUGGAAGGAAUGUUCACUUCAGCAUCGGCUGGGAUUUUGAUUUACAUGGCGCUAGUUGAUCUACUGGCCACGGAUUUCAUGGGUCCAAACAUGUUGGAGUCCGAUUUCAGGAUUCAGUUAGGAGCAUAUGCCGCCCUUUUUGCUGGAGCUGCAUCCAUGUCUGUUCUGGCCCUCUUCGCUUGA